CCUCUUGGGAGUUCUCGUGCAGGCUGGCGGAGCAUGGUGGCAGUAGCAGGGCUGGUGGCAGCUGGGAAGUAAGGCGGAGCCAUCGGCCCAGGAGCAGGCCCCCCCCGGACAUGGAGUAUGAAAGACGAGGUGGCCGUGGAGACAGGACUGGCCGCUAUGGUGCCACUGACCGUGGCCUCCAGGAUGAUGGGCUGGACAGCCGGAGUCAGAGGGACCAUGAUUACCGUGACAUGGAUUACCGCUCCUAUCCUCGGGACUUCAGUAGCCAGGAACCCCGCCAUGAUUAUGACGACUCAUCUGAGGAGCAGAGCGCAGAGGAUUCCUACGAGGCUUCCUCAGGUUCUGAGACACAGCAGCGUAAGCGGGACAGCCCUACUGAGCCCCUGGGCUUCCCCGGAGAUGGGGACUACCGGGACCAGGACUAUCGGACCGAACAAGGGGAGGAAGAAGAGGAAGAGAAGGCCAGUCACAUCAUCAUGCUGAGGAUGCUGCCCCAGGCAGCUGCAGAGAACGACAUCCGAGCACAACUACAGUCCCACGGGAUCCAGGCUCGGGAAGUGCGGCUGAUGCGGAACAAGUCAUCAGGUCAGAGCCGGGGCUUCGCCUUCGUCGAGUUUAGUCACUUGCAGGACGCUGCACGAUGGAUGGAAGCCAAUCAGCACUCCCUCAGCAUCCUGGGCCAGAAGGUCUCCAUGCACUACAGUGAUCCCAAACCCAAAAUUAAUGAGGAUUGGCUUUGCAACAAGUGUGGAGUCCAGAAUUUCAAACGUCGAGAGAAGUGCUUCAAGUGUGGUGUGCCCAAGUCAGAGGCAGAACAGAAGCUGCCACUGGGCGCACGCCUGGACCCUCAGCUGAUGCCUCUGGGUAGCCGGGAACUGAGCCAGGGCCUGCUUCCACUACCCCAGCCUUACCCAGCCCAGGGGCUCUUGGCCCCCCAGGCCCUGUCCCAGGGCUCUGAGCCCACUUCGGAGAACGCCAAUGAUACCAUCAUCCUGCGUAACCUGAACCCCCAUAGCACUAUGGACUCAAUCCUGGGAGCCCUGGCCCCCUACGCUGUGCUGUCCUCCUCCAACGUCCGGGUCAUCAAGGACAAACAGACCCAGCUGAAUCGAGGCUUUGCCUUCAUCCAGCUCUCCACCAUCGUGGAGGCUGCUCAAUUACUGCAGAUUCUCCAAGCUCUCCACCCUCCCCUCACCAUCGAUGGCAAGACCAUUAAUGUGGAGUUUGCUAAGGGCUCCAAGAGGGACAUGGCUUCCAAUGACGGCAACCGUAUCAAUGCUGCUUCUGUCGCCAGUACGGCGAUCGCUGCUGCCCAGUGGGCCAUCUCCCAGGCUUCCCAGGGUGGGGAGGGGAGCUGGGCAGCACCUGAAGAGCCAGCAGCAGACUACAACUACUACCACCAAGAUGAGGCUUACUGUGGCCCAAGCAAUGAGGCCACACUCUAUGGCCACAGUGGCUACCUGAAAGGUGCCACCAAGGCCCUAGGUGUGGCUGGCAGCAAGGGAGACCCUGCUGGAGCAGGCACUGAAACCACCUUGGAAACUUGUGUACCUGGUGUUGAUGCUGUGCCCCUGAUCCAGGCCUUUCCCCAUGCCCAAGCCAGUGCCAUGCCUGGCAUCUAUCAGCAGCCAGGGGCUGAGGGGGCCAAUGCGCAGGGAAUGGUGUCUAACACCCAGGCCCAGCCCUACACAAUUGUGUCCCCUGCGGUUUUGAAGGCUGAGCUUCUCAGCCCAGCCCAGCCCAGUUCCGCACCCCCACCUACUACCAGUCCAGCUGCCCAGGACUCCUAUGGCCAGUACCCGAUCCCUGAUGUCUCUACCUACCAAUACGAUGAGACAUCAGGCUACUACUACGACCCGCAGACAGGCCUCUACUAUGACCCAAACUCUCAGUACUACUACAACUCCCAGAGCCAGCAGUACCUCUACUGGGAUGGGGAGCGGCGCACCUACGUCCCUGCCCUGGAGCAGGUGACCGACGGGCACAAGGAGACAGGGGGGAGCUUGAAGGAGGGUAAAGAGAAGAAGGAGAAACACAAGACCAAGACGGCCCAGCAGAUAGCCAAGGACAUGGAACGCUGGGCCCGAAGCCUCAACAAACAGAAGGAGAACUUCAAAAACAGUUUCCAGCCCAUCAGCUCUCUGCGGGAGGAUGAGCGGCGGGAGUCAGCCACAGCUGAUGCAGGCUACGCCAUCCUGGAGAAGAAGGGGACACUGGCUGAGAGACAGCAUACCGCCAUGGACCUGCCGAAGCUGACAAGUGAUGACCGCCUGAGUCCGCCCCGGGGGCUGGUUGCUGCCUACAGUGGUGAGAGUGACAGCGAAGAGGAGCCUGAGCGAAGCGCUGAGAGGGAGGAGAGGCUGACCGACUGGCAGAAGCUGGCUUGCCUACUCUGCCGACGCCAAUUCCCUAGCAAAGAAGCCCUGAUCCGCCACCAGCAGCUUUCUGGGUUACACAAGCAAAACCUGGAGAUUCACCGGCGAGCUCACUUGUCUGAAAAUGAGCUGGAGGCCCUGGAGAAGAGCGACAUGGAGAUGAAGUACAGGGACCGGGCAGCAGAGCGUCGGGAGAAGUAUGGCAUCCCAGAGCCCCCAGAGCCCAAGAAGAGGAAAUCUGGGGCUGUGACAGCUGCCACUGUGGACUUUGAACAGCCCACCCGAGAUGGGCUGGGCAGUGACAACAUCGGCAGCCGCAUGCUACAGGCCAUGGGCUGGAAGGAGGGCAGCGGGCUAGGUCGGAAGAAGCAAGGCAUUAUCACUCCCAUCGAGGCCCAGACUCGUGUCCGUGGCUCAGGACUGGGGGCCCGGGGCAGCUCCUAUGGCAUCACCGCAUCCGAGUCCUACAAGGAGAGCCUGCACAAGACCAUGAUGACUCGCUUCAACGAGGCAGAGUAAACCCUGGUCCGGGCCUCAGCCCCCAUCUGGGACAUCCCCUCCAGCCUCUUUGUUUCUUUUCUUGGGAAGCCAUGGCCCCUGCCCACUUACCUGCCCCCUGGCCAACUCUCCUCUUCUUUUUUCUAAUAAAACCAGAAAAGCCCCAGACUUUGAGCCUGUGGGGUUGGUGGGGUCAGGUCUUGUCCUGGGUGCCACUCAUGUCGGCAUCCUUGCCUCCAGGGCUCGGGAAAUAGCUAGCCUGGGAGUGAUGCCCAUGACCUUCUGAAGCUCUUCCAACUCCAGCUGGGUAAUCUGCUGGGGAGCAUUUAUCCCAUGAUGCCCAUGGAACUAGCGUUGGCUUUAGACAAAAAGCACCUUAGGGGUCAUUAAGUCCAAAAGGAGGAAAUAGGUCCGAGGCCACCCGAGCGGUCAGCGCCUCAGCGCCCUGUGAGGUCCAUGAGCAGGUGCCACACAAACAAAAGGAAGGCAGGACCAAAACGUCCCUGGCAGCAUCCGAUACUGUUGGACAAGUCUCUUAACCUGGGCCUCAGUUUCCUCUGUAGAAUGUUGUCAUCCCUUCUAGCGUCGGAGCCCCCAAUCCCUCACGCUCACCAUGGCUAGGAGGAGGGGAUGGGGUAGGGUGAGAGAGAAGAGACAAGGCCAAGCAAGGCAAAAGCCAAUCAGUUUGCAAGCAUUUAUUGAGCACUUACUGUGUGUGAGGCAUUGUGCUUGCUGAGCACUGGGAAUAAAAGGAAAGACCCAACCGAAAUUCCAGGUUCAGUGAUUCUGCUAGAACAUGUUAGAGGCCCUCUAGAGUGGCAAACACCCAUCCUGGGGUCAGCACUCACUCGGGACUCCUCACUCCAUGAACAUCAGCUUGAUCUCUGAAGCAUCUGUUCCCAAAAUGUGGGAAAGGCCUAUAUAGCUCUCAACUGAGACUUCCAGGGCACAGGCUUUCUCUAGCACUUUGAAGGGUUCCAGAGCACUGAAGAGAGAUUCAUUGGAUUCUAGCACCAGCCCUGGGAGGUGAGGAGCAGAGAACAAGAGCUGGAAGGGCUGCUUUAAGUCAUGUUUUCGUAUUUCAAAAUGGCUGAUGUCAAUUAUGGGCAUUCCCUUGUUACAUAGCCUGUCCACAUUUAUGAACCUCUCUGUAGCUUAUUCAACCAAUCCUGUUCUUUGCCCUCACCAAGCCGUCUGGUUGUUCCCUGCCUCAGUAUUUAACCAGGCCAUGAACCCUGCACUGGCUGCACUCUUCCCCCCUUCCCCAUCUUGACCCCUCGGUCACUGUCCUCUUGAAUCUCUUGCCACAUUAUCCCAGCCCUGAACUUGCUCUGCCAAGCCUCAGUCUUGGCCUGUUCUGCCCCUGCGCGCUUGCUGUUGAACCCAACCAUACUGCACUAUGAAUCACUAACGCUGUCAGUCUCAAUGGCAGUCUCGCCACGGUGAGGCAAUCAUUUUCUAGCUCUCUUCUUGAUGCACUUCCAAACCUGCCACCCUAUUAGCUGAGAGUCAGGGAGAGCUUCCUUUCCUCCCCCGCCUUACCUCACAUCACUUAUUCCUGUCACAGCCAUCUCCUGGACCCCAUUUCAUGUGAAGAGCUGACCUGGCCAGGCCCUCUACAUGAACGAGUGAUCCCAUUCCAUCCUGGCUUCUCUGGCAGAUCCCAAUCCCUCUAUCAUCCCACUGUCACUGCUCUGCAGUCUCCUGUCUGCAUUAGGGGAGAUACACCCAUGUCUCUCCUAUCCUGAAAAAAACCCUCCCUUGAUCUAUCCUUGCUAAUUCUUCUCCCAUCUUUCCUCACUUCCGUGGCUAAACUAUAAAAGACUGUAUACGUGAUGGACAGAUGCUUCCACAUCCUUCCUUGUGUCUCUUUCUGCAGUGUGGCCUUCUACUUCACUGAAAUGGAAUUACUCUCUCCCAAGUUAACAAUGAUCUCUUAAUUGCCAGAUCUGAUGGCCUUUUUUCUCAGUCCCUGUUCUUCAGGAUCUCUCUGCUGCCGUCGCCACUCUACAUCAACUCCCUUUCCUUAGACCCCCCUCCUGUCUGUCUGCUCUAGCUCAAUCUCCUUGGCUGGAUCUUCAUCUAGGUCACAGCCACUAAACAUGAGUGGCCCCCAAGGCUCUGUCAUCAACUCCCAUGGUUCAGUUUUCAUCUUUUUCACCAAUUCCUGAUGCAGGGCCAAUCAGAUCAGUCAUGGCCAGUCAUUUCCAGCGUGUCACAAGUUGGGUCAAGUUAGGCCCAGUUGCUGACACUGCUAACAAAACACUGGGCCACCCCUCUGAGUGGGCUCCCUUACUCCCACUAUCACCUUAGCCUCAGUGACUUCCCAUGUGGGGGUCACCUCUUCCCUUGGACUGGUCCCAGGCUGCUGAAGAUUGCCAGAUCUAACCAGUCCUAAUGCUCGCCCUGCGGUCUCACAUCUCCACCUGGAUGUCCUGUAGACCAGUGAUGUCAGACUCCAAUAAAAACUGGUCCCUGUGGACUACCUUGACUUCAAAAACCACAAAAUCCCAUGACGUUGUCUUUUUAUUUUGUUAAACGUUCCCCAGUUCUGUUCUGCUCUGCUUUGGGCUACACUUGGGAAUUUGGCAGUAUGGAGCUUAAACUUGAUGUGUUCAGAACAGAGCUUCACCUCUCACCUCCCUUCCAGAUUCCCCUGACACCAUCGAGGUCAGGCUCAAAACCUAAGUGGCAUCUUCACUCCCAGUAGCCAAUCAGUGAUCAGGUCUUAUCCUGUUUGCCGUCUCCUUGACACCAUUCCACGUGAAGAGCCAACCUGGCUGGUGAUCCCAUUCCAUCCUGGCUUCUCUGACUCUGCUGCCACUCUCAUCUGGGGACUGUUGUCAUACCUGCCUCAAGUCACUUCUCAUCCCAUCUUCUACUCAUCUGUCAAAUUCUUCUUAAAGUACAAGUUGGCACAUAUUCCCCCCCCCCCAUUCAGUCAAUUCCAGUGACUCCCUAGUACCCCCAGGCUCAAAUACCAAGUCCUCUGUUUGGCUUAGGAAGCUUCCUUCAACCUUACUCCCCCAUCCCCACCGCAAACUCUCCAUCUGACUGCACUGUUUCCCCCACUCCCUCCUCAUCUGCACCACCUGGCCUUGGCUGUCCUCAACUCCUAGCCAGGGUUCCACCUUCUACAGGAAGCCUUGCCUGACC